AUGAUAUUAUUAACAACAACAACUUUUCUUUUCAUACUUUUAUUUACCAAAUUAUCAAUUUCAAAUAAGGCACCAAAAAUCAAGAAAAAUCCUCAAAAUAUAGUUGCCAUUGCAGAUUUUCCUUUUGGUGGUAAUAGAGAAAUUCAAGGAAAUAUAGUUUUCACAACUCGUGGUAAAUAUGUAAAUGUUCAUGUUGAUAUGACUGGGUUUCCCAAGGAUUCAGGUCCAUUUUAUUAUCAUAUUCAUGAAAGAUCAGUACCUGAAAAUGGUAAUUGUGAAGCUUGUGGAUUACAUUUUAAUCCAUAUCAUGCAGAUACUAAUUGUUUAGAUCAAAAACAUGAUGGUUAUUGUCAAAUAGGAGAUUUAAGUGGUAAACAUGGAUUAAUUAAUUCAACAUGUUUUGAAUUUAAAUUUACUGAUCCUUAUUUAAGUUUAAAUAAAAGAUCAAAAUCUUAUAUUGUAGGUAAAAGUAUUGUUUUCCAUUAUCCAAAUAUGACAAAAAUAGCAUGUGCAGAUAUUGAAUUAGCAAAUGAUUUAAGAUUUCAAAGUUUAGUUGAUGAAUAUACUCAAACUGAUGAUACUCAACAAUUAAUUGAAUUACAACAAUCUUUAAAACCUGAUUUUACAUUUGAUGGAUUAGAAGCUUUAAAGAAUGAAGUAUAUGAAUCUGAUGAUGAUGAUAAUAAGCAAAGUGAUGGUAAAGAAAUUGAACAUGGGUCAGUUAUUGAUCCAAUUUUAGAACCAAUUGAUGAAGAUCAACAAGAUGAUGAAACAAUAUCAAGAAAAGAAAAUAUUAAACAAAUUUUAAAAGAUGCUAAAAUUUUACCUCAAAAAUUAGUUAAUAAAACUAAAAAUCAUUGGUCAAAAGAUGAUGAAGAUCAAUUUAAAUCAGGUCAUAAAUAUCUUGAUAAUCAAAAAAAGAAAAUUGAAAAAUUUUUAAAUUUCAAAAGUGAUAGUAAUAAUAGAGCUUAUUAUCCAAAAAACAAUAAUUCAAUUAUUAAUGAAAAUUUAUUAAAUGGUGGUGGGAAUAAUUUAACAAAUAUAACUCUUCAUGGAAUUGCAAGUGAUUGUGCAAAUUUAGGAGUUGUUGGAGUUAAAGGUAUUUUUAUGAAUUUAUUAUUUGGAAUGUUACCUAUUUUGGCAUUUUGA